CCGAAGUCAGCUGCCUGCACUUUUUCAGUGAUGGCCCAGCGACACAGUAUCGACAGAAGGGGAACUUUUUUCUUCUAUCCAGGGAACCAUUCAAAAAUGGGUUUCAAGAGGUGACCUGGAGUUUCUUUGAGGCCAAUCACGGCAAAGGGGCUCCAGACGGUGUUGGGGGCACCCUCAAACGUUCAGCAGACAGGCUUGUUUGCAUGGGCAUUGACAUACCAUCUGCUGAAAUGCUCUACACAAAACUGAAGGAGCAGGAAUCGGCUGUGCAGCUGUUUUUUACAAGGGAGGAGAGUGUGGAGGCCAAAGUGCAUGAAAUGUUACAGCUACCCCCAUUGACAGCCAUCAAAGGGACCAUGCGCAUACACCAGGUCCUCAGCAAACAGAGAAGCAAGAUCCUCUACAGAGAUGUCUCUUGUUUCUGUAGAAGACAGCAGGGGGUGAUCGACUGCCCCUGCUAUGAGCUGAAAGAGGCAGUCUUGCAAGAGGAGGAAGAGGAGGAAGCUCAAGGGCAAGAGAUGACGAGAGCCUCUCGGCCAGAGGUAUUCGGCGCCGACCAUGUCGGAAGGUGGGUUGUGGUCGAGUACGACCACGACUUCUACCCUGGAGUCAUAACUCGGGUAGAAGAUGGAAAUGUGGAGGUGGACUGUCUACACAAAAAAGGGAUCAACAAAUUUUACUGGCCAAGCCCAAGGCGAGAUAUAAGCUGGUACGAUGAAAGCCAGGUGCUCUGCCUCAUCGAGCCAACAGCCGAACCAACAGCUCAUGCAAGAUACUUGCAGCUUAAUACAGCCACAUGGAAACUCAUUGAAGAGCAAAUGUAAUGAACCAUAAUGAUUAACUGAUAUGUGAAUGAAAUUAUAUGUAUGAUGAUAUGUGAUGAUAUAUGUGAU